AUGACAGGUUUAGACGCUGCCGUGCAAGAUUUGAAUCCUCUUCAGAGGGCGUUCAACCUGUUCAUCAUGAAUCUCCCAGUUGGAGACUUGACCGAGCUAGUUGACUAUGUACGCCAGCCCGAUGACGAUACUCCGCCUUUCUCCCAGAAUCUCAUCCUCAAGCAAACUACUGAGGUUCUGAAAGCGGUUUCCUGCAAUGAUAACGGCCGUGGAACAUCGUCAUCUCCAACAAGUAGCAACCGCUCUGGCCGCAGCCCGAAAAACGGAGAUAAAAAACUACGCCCUCUGAACAGUUUCAUUGCCUAUCGAAGCUUUUACUCUACAAUAUUCACGGACAUGACACAAAAGUCAAAGUCGGGGAUCAUCAAAUAUCUCUGGCAAAUCGACCCUUACAAGGCGAAAUGGGCUAUUCUAGCGAAAGCUUACUCUAUCUUGCGAGACGACUACGGGAAAGAUGUUUCUCUCGAUACUUUCCUUGAAUUGACAGUCCCUUUCAUCGGCCUAAUACUACCAGGCGAUUAUCUGCAAGCCAUGGGAUGUCAGAUUACCACGUCUGAGGAUCAACAGUACCACGUCCAGAGAAUGUCCUCGGAUUUUCCAGAUCUCCCAAACUCUGCCACGAACUAUUCGGUGAUAGAUAUCGUGAAGUAUUGCUAUGAACGUGGCUAUGUCGAGGAAUUUCGUCACCUUGAGGAGCAUGAAAUCAAUACUCAAGUUCCAUUCGCUGCCCGUCCCAAUCUUGCUAUUCAGACUGACCAAGGUCCUAUCAAUCUGGAUAAUAUCGAUCGCGCAAUUCACAGCGAUGAUGUAUCUAGACCGGACAACGGUGCUGAAAUGGACCCUAUCAAAAGUUUUCUCAGUGUUCGCCAGCCUGCUCGGACUCAAUACGAACUUUUCAAAAUGCUCGAUGGUGCGGUCGUCGACUUGAGUGAGGUAAACGCAGGAGAUCCUGAUUUCUAUGCGCCUUUCAAUCCCGCUGUCCAGGCCUUCCCAACUUUCGAUCCUAUGUCCCAUGAUCCAUUCGAUGGAUACGAUAUUAGCGAAAUGAAUUUCUGA